AAUAUUCGGUGAGGACGGAAUUUCAGAGACAGAGAGCGGCGCCUUUAAGACAAACAGCUGAAAUUCUACUCAAGGUGGAAUUGCAUGUGUCUGGAUUUGAGGAAUAAAAGUCUCGUUUGCUCGAUGCUCGUGAAUAAUUCGUAAUUCAGGCUGUCGGACCAGGGUUUUCAAAUAAUGGCAGAGAAACCAAACCCGGAGGGGCAGUACUUAGCUGCAGAUGUCUUUGCUACGAAAGGCAAACGCAUCCACCGCUGGAGCUAUGUGAAGUUUGUCACACUGCUGGCCCUGAUGGUUAUGUUGCUACUGCUCGGUUCGUUUGGUGCUCACUACUGCUGGGAGCAGAGGGAGAGCAAGGUUUAUGAUGUAUUUUAUCGAAUAAACAUCAAUGGUACCAUCAAAGAAAGUUUAAUGAAGAUUGAUGCGGUAAACAGCUUUGAGACAUUCACAACUGGAAAUGGUAGUGAAGAAUCUGUGGAAAUUCAUGAUUUUAAAAGUGGACUAACAGGGAUAUGGUUCGCUGGAGGAGAAAAAUGCUACAUCAAAAGACAAAAUAAAAUUAUUCUUCCCAAUAUCGCACCUAACAAGAAUGAUGAAGAAUUGAUUGGUCUGCAAGAUGAAAUUAUGCCAGUGAAGUUUGACGAGGCUGUUGUUUGGGUGGCGGCUGAACAACCAAUUAAGGACCAACGUUUUCUGCUGAAUUCAAAAGUUCUGGAAGUGUGUGGAAAUCUUCCAAUUUAUUGGCUUCGUCCAUCAUAUUUGAAAGACCCAGGAUUUUAUGAUUUUGGAGAACCAGAGAAUGCUGAAGAAGAUGCAUUCACUGCACACUCGGACACUGAAGCCAACAGAAAACGUCCAUCACGUUCUGUGGAUGAUGAUCUGCAUGACUAUAGAGAAAAUGGGCUCUACAUUGAUCCUUGGUAUGACCAGAAUGGAUUCUGUUGUGCUGAAUGUCGCCGUGGACAUCAAUAUUGCCAGCGAGUCUGUGAACCUCUCGGUGGCUAUAUGCCAUACCCUUAUCACUACCGAGGUUGUCGUGUUAUUUGCCGGAUUAUCAUGCCAUGCAAUUGGUGGGUUGCACGCAUCCUGGGGAGGGUAUAAAAUCAGUUCUCUGCAAUAAGUGUGUCAGUGGACUUCAGUGCCUGUUGCAGCCUCUUUCGUUGUCCCUCCCUCAAAAUGCCUAGGUCUUUGAAUCUGAUCGCCAACAACAUUAAAACUGUCAAUUAACUGUUCUAAUAAAAGAAGGAAUUCUAACAUUCCACUUUCCUUUAAGAAUAUCGCAAAGAAGAUCAGACAUUGCACCUUUGAACAUCAUUUUUGUCAUUUUCUGUAAGAUUUAACAUUUGAUUAAUUGUGUGGGAGUAUGUUUAGUUUAUGGCUGACAGCUAAUGUUCUUUUGUGAACCCCAAGUUUGUGCAUCUCGUCGAGUAUCAAACACCUAAUAUUCUGAUUCAGAAGAAUUGCAGGCUGUCAUCUAUUUUAGAAUUUUGAUUUCAAUGUAAACUUUCUGUGCAGUUGCCAAAGUCUUUGAACAAGAGAAUACAUUAAACUAUGUGACAAAGGAACAUAAUUUCUCAAGUACCGAAAGUAAUUUAGUCCUGUGGAGAAUCUCAACAUAGGUCACUAUGAACAAACUACACCCACACAACAAAACUCAUUAUGUAUUUUUUCUUUUAAUUAUUAAACUUUGUAAACAUUAAUCAUAGAAUUUUUCAUGUUGUCCACAUAAAAGUUCUCUUUAGGC